AUGGCUAUUAUAACUUCUGAUAUCAAAGGUAGAUGUUUUAGUGAUGAUUUUGUUGGAAAUGAUCGUAAUAGUAUUCAAUUGAAUGGAAUAAAUAAUAGAGGAAGAACUAAUUCAUGCUUCACAAAUGAUGAUGAUGUUAAUUUACCUAAAAAUGUUGAUGAUUUUUCUAAAGGUCUAAGACCUACUUUAAAAGAUAUUGUUAAAAAAAUACCAUUAGAAGAUGAUAUUCAAAAUGAUGGAAUAACUAAUAUUGAAGUUACAAAUGAUGAAUCACAAUCAAUAGAGAAUGGUCAAAAAAAAUUUGAAGGAUUUGGUUGGAUAAAAGGAGUUUUAAUAAGAUGUAUAUUAUGUAUAAUUGGAGCUGCAUUAUAUCUUCGAAUGUCAUGGAUUGCUGGUCAAGCUGGAAUAAUUCUAGGAAUUUGUGUUAUAUUAUUAGCACUUAUUGUUGUUGUUAUUACAGGUGUAUCAAUGUCUGCUAUUGCAACAAAUGGUGAAAUUAAAAAUGGUGGUUGUUAUUAUUUAAUUUCAAGAUCAUUAGGACCAGAAUUUGGUGGAUCAAUUGGAUUAAUUUUAUAUAUUGCAAAUACAGUUAAUGGUGCUAUGAAUUGUGUUGGUUUGGCUGAAUCAAUUGUAUUUUUAUUAAAAGAUUAUAAUUUUUCUUUAAUUGAUGGUGGUAUUAAUGAUAUUAGAAUUUAUUCAUUAAUUACAUGUGCACUUUUACAAGGUAUUAUUUUUAUUGGUACUGAAUUUGAAAAUAAAACACAAAUAUUACUUUUAAUUACAAUUAUUUUAUCAAUACUUUCUCAUACAAUUGGAGCAUUUCUUCCUGUAUCAAUUGAUCAAUUAAAACAUGGAAUUGUUGGUUUAUCAUGGCAGGCAAUAAAAAGUAAUUUAUGGCCAGAUUUUAGAAAUGGAAAUUCUUUUAUAACAGUAUUUGGUGUUUAUUUUCCAGCAAUGACAGGUAUAAUGGCUGGUGCUAAUAUGUCUGGUGAUUUAAAAGAUGCCUCAAAAUCUAUUCCAAUUGGUACUAUGACAUCAAUUGUUAUAACAACAGCUGUUUAUAGUGGUACAAUGCUUCUUUCUUCUGUAGCAACAGUUAGAGAUUCUGAUGGAAUUUCAAUACCAAUGUUUUCAAAUAUAACAGGAAAAUUUAUACCACCAUCAUGUAGUAUUGAUAAAUCAUGUAAAUAUGGUUUAGCUAAUGAUUAUCAAGUACCAUUAACACAAUCAGCAUUUGGACCAUUAAUUAUUGCUGGUAUAUUAGCAUCAACAUUAUCUUCAGCAUCUGGUUGUUUAAUUGGUGCACCAAGAAUAUUUCAAGCAUUAUGUCAAGAUGAUUUAUUUCCAGGAUUAUCAAUAUUUGGUAAAGGUAGAGGUCCCACAAAUGAACCAUAUCCUGCAUAUUUUUUAACAUUUUUUUUAACAUGUUGUAUAAAUUUAAUUGGUGAUUUAAAUGCUAUAUCAGAAAUAAUAACAAAUUUUUUUCUUGCAGCAUUUGCUAUAACAAAUUUUGCAUGUUUUGAUUCAUCAGCAAGUAAAUCACCUGGUUUUAGACCUGGUUUUAAAUAUUAUAACAAAUGGUUAUCUUUAUUUGGUUCAAUACUUUGUAUUGGUCUUAUGUUUGUUUUAUCAUGGAUAACAUCACUUAUAACACUUUUUAUAUUUGCUGUUUUAUAUUUAUAUUUAAAACAUACAGCUAGAAAUGUUAAUUGGGGUUCAUCAACAGAAGCUAAUCGUUAUAGAAAAGCAUUAAUGGAACUUUUAAAACUAUCAAGACAUGAAGAACAUGUUAAAAAUUAUAGACCACAAAUGCUUGUAUUAACAGGAAAUCCAGCAGCAAGACAAUGUUUAGUUGAUUUUGCUUAUUGUAUAAGUGCAGGACAAAAUUUGAUGAUAUGUGGGCAUGUUGUACCAUAUGAAUCAUCAGUCUCAGCCACUGAAUGUAUUCGACGCCUCAAUCUUCGUAUGACUGAUUGGUUAAGAGAACAAAAAACGAAAGCAUUUUAUUGUGGUGUUGCAAAUAAAUCUUUAAGAAGUGGUGUUCAAGGUUUAUUACAAACUGUUGGUUUAGGUAAAAUGCAACCAAAUAUUUUAAUGAUAGGUUUUAAAACAAAUUGGUUAAAAGCAGUAUGUAGAGAUGAUGAAAAAGAUAUGGUACAAGAAUAUCUUGGUGUUAUUUUAGAUGCAUUUGAUAGUAAUAUGAGUAUAUGUAUUUUUAGGAAUGGUAAUGAUAAACUUGAUCAUAGUAUGUCAAUGACUGGUGUUUAUGAUAAUUUAUUACUUCAAUUACCUGAAAUUAAUCAUACAGCUCUUGGUUCUGGAUUACAUGAUGAUUAUUUAAGAGGUGUGGCAGUUGAAGAAAGAAGACCUGUUGCAGGAACAAUACCUAGAAGAAGUUUUACUAAAUUAAGAAGUGUUAAUAGUGUAAUUAAUUUAACAUCUAAUGUUAAAAAACAUUCUAAUGUUAUAUAUUCUGGAACAUCAAGAACAAAUUUAGGAAAAAAAUUUAGAUGUAAAAUUAGAGAUGGUGAUAUUGAUGUUUGGUGGUUAAAUGAUGAUGGUGGUUUAACACUUCUUAUACCACAUCUUAUCUCUGUUAACAUGAAUUCAUAUCUUCAUGGUGGUAAUGUAAGAAUUUUUAUUAUAUGUGCAGAUACUCAUGAUCCAAGAGAAACAAAAGAACAAAUGGAAAAAAUGCUUAAAAAAUUUAGAAUAACAUUUAGUGAUGUAAUAGUUUUAGUUGAACAGGAAGUAGAUUUAUAUAGAGAAACAGUUGAUGAAUAUAGUGGUUUUAUGGAAAUAUUAAAUCCACCAUCAUCACCUGAAAAACAUGUAAUUGAUGGAAAACUUUUAGAAAAAUAUGAUAAAAAAAUAAAACAACAAUUACGUUUACGUGAACUUCUUUUAGAACAUUCAGCAGCAUCUCAUUUAGUUAUAGUUACCUUACCAAUAGCUCAUGAAUCUGCUGUAAUGUCACCACUUUAUAUGCUUUGGUUAGAACUUUUAACAAAAGAUAUGCCACCAACACUUCUUGUACGUGGUAAUCAUUCUUCCGUUUUAACAUUUAUAUCAUAA